AAACAACAAACAAAAUAUUUUUACUGAUGCAAGAAAAUUGAGAUCUAACCCGGAAACAGAUUGACGGCCUUACUCCAUCAUCAGUUUCCCGCAAUAUUAAUGGGGAAAAACAAAGUAGACUUUUCUACACAGACGGAUGAAUCCCUUUUCUGUUUCCUGUAGAUGUGUUUCCACGAGUGUGAAGCAAUUGCUUGACAUUUACCAUUUAUUGUCAAGAAUGGGUCAUCCAUGUUCACGUUGCCAGCAACACAAUACCCAUAUUGCCAAUGCUACUGAAGACACCAUUAGAAUUGUUUUGUCUGAUAACAACGGCCGAGAGACGACACAAGUCAUCCGUGGUGGGGAAUAUGUCAACAUCCCUACAGUGCAUGGUUCCGUUACCAUAGGCGUCUUUCUCCAGAAAGAAGAUGGAAGUUUUGAAAAUAAUGCUGUUACCAGUUUUUCAGAACAAUCCGAUCGAAGUUUUAUAGUGAAGGGACACCGCGGUGGCAAUGUGACAAUUUGCAGAACAUCGCCUGGGACAAUUUGGGUUGAGGGUGCACCCAUGGUAAUCUGAUUAAAAUCAGAUCCUUUGAUUCGCUCACAUAGAUUGCUACACAAGUUUUCGUGUGAGCGUAUCAAAGGAUCUAAUUUUAAUCAGAUUGCACCCAUGGUAAAUAGCAAAUUAAAAAAACAAUCUUUUCUUCGAGAUUGACAUAAGUGUUUUUAAGAAAUUUGCUUUCAUUGUCACUCUUUAAAAAAAGAUGACACCUUCAUCAUCCUUACUUCAGGCAAAAAGAACAAUGAUCCGCUGUAUAAUGAUUCAAUAUUCAGGUUUAUUUAGCGACAUUUAUUUAUUGUUUAUUUUUUGUUGUUGUUAGUACUCGUACAGAUUCUCCUUCACUGCCAUUGAUAUUUUAUAGAGGAGUAAAGAAAGUGCUCGGUAGAACAUUUACUGGAACACCUAUGUAUCUUUUUUUUUAUAAGGAUUUGAUAUAGUUUAAGAGUCUAGAAUAGGUACGGUUAUUCAAAUUCAAUUUGAUUGUUUGUAGUAUUAAAA